GAGCUACAGGGCUCAGAGACAGUGCUUGAAAUAGUGGGUGCGCCAACAUGUCCCGUGGUUCCAGCGCUGGGUUUGAUUGCCACAUUACCAUUUUUUCACCCGAGGGCCGGCUCUACCAAGUAGAAUAUGCUUUUAAGGCUAUUAACCAGGGUGGCCUUACAUCAGUAGCUGUCAGAGGGAAAGACUGUGCAGUAAUUGUCACACAGAAGAAAGUACCUGACAAAUUAUUGGAUUCUAGCACAGUGACUCACUUAUUCAAGAUAACUGAAAACAUUGGCUGUGUGAUGACAGGAAUGACAGCAGACAGCAGAUCCCAGGUACAGAGGGCACGCUAUGAGGCAGCUAAUUGGAAGUACAAGUAUGGCUAUGAGAUUCCUGUGGACAUGCUGUGCAAAAGAAUUGCUGAUAUUUCUCAGGUCUACACACAGAAUGCUGAAAUGAGGCCUCUUGGUUGUUGUAUGAUUUUAAUUGGUAUAGAUGAAGAACAAGGCCCUCAGGUGUACAAGUGUGAUCCUGCAGGUUACUACUGUGGGUUUAAAGCCACUGCAGCAGGAGUUAAACAAACUGAAUCAACCAGCUUCCUUGAAAAAAAAGUCAAGAAGAAAUUUGAUUGGACAUUUGAACAGACAGUGGAAACUGCAAUUACAUGCCUAUCUACUGUUCUAUCAAUUGAUUUUAAACCUUCAGAAAUAGAAGUUGGAGUAGUUACAGUUGAAAAUCCUAAAUUCAGGUUUCUUACAGAAGCAGAGAUUGAUGCUCACCUUGUUGCUCUAGCAGAGAGAGACUAAACAUUGUACGUAGUUAGUUUACCAAAUCCAUGACGCCACUUGCCUGUGUGUUUGGUAACAACAGACCAACAUUAUGGAGGCCCCUGGAUUGAAAAAGGAACCUCUCCCACUCCUCCUGCCACUGAAGUGGUUAGGACUCUGUAUAAAUAAAAAAAAAAAAAAUAGUGCUUUUGGAAAAAAA